CACAACAUUCAUGCUUCCUUUUUUAAUUGAAUGUCUUGAACGGCUCUAGUCAUCACAACUAUCGAGACAGAUCUUGUGUUUCUUUGUGUCAAAAAACCAUGCUCUGGCCAUAAUAUAUCCGACACUGCAGUAUGACCUUUAGAAGCCAUGGAACGCGCUCGGUUGCGGGACCAACGGCCAUGUGAUAACUGUCGAAGGAGGAAGAUACGAUGCCUUUUUCCCUCAGAUGAAGCGACAGAUUGUGUGCUUUGUAUCUCUCGCUCAACAUCAUGCACGUAUAUCCAGACCGCUCCGCGCAAGAGGCGAGUUAUCUCUCCUGGCAGUGAUCAGAACCAGCUAGGCGCGGCGAGUGGGCCAAGACAAAGAGCCCUUAGCAAGAGGUCCCCUGACCAUGAGGUCUUGAGUGACUAUACAAAGCUGCCAGGCCGAAGUCUACUAAAGGAAACUCUCGGCCAUCAAAACCGCCAGUCAAGCACUGUCAUUGGAGCAACAUCCGACUUUGCUCCUUCAUUGGCUUCGGCUUUGUCCUGGAACGCGAAAGGAGAAUGUCUCCAAUAUGAUCCCCCAAAUAUCCUGCGGCGGGCGAAUCAGUCGACUUAUUUCAUCGUCAGACCCGAUACCCGUGAGGAAACUGAGGCUGAACUGGCAAACCUCGAUGCCAUCGAAGAUUUUGUCGCCCCUCAUGGUCCUGAGCUGGUAAACUUGUACUUCCGUAUAGUUCACCCGAGCUUCCCCAUCCUCCAUAAACGUGUUUUCCUUGAAAAAUAUGGCCGCAGCUACCGUGAGCUGACUCCGUGUGGUCUUGGCGCCGUCUAUGUCAUGGCAUUGAACUGGUGGUCCUAUAGCCCUGCUCUUGCAACGGCCCUAAAGCCUGAUGUUCAAAGGCUCGAAGACAUGGUUCUGAACAUGCUAUUUCAGGCACACCGUCGCCCCAAAAUUUCCGAUCUUCAAGGCGCAUUGGUUCUCAUGCAGCGUCCAUCAAUUGUGUCAUGGUCAUUGAUAGGUCAUGUCGUGGCAAUGGGACAAGAUCUUGGUAUCAACUCCGACUGCACGGCCUGGCAGGUACCGGAUUGGGAGCGGGGAGUUCGAAAACGCGUCGCCUGGGCUUUGUUCAUGCAGGACAAGUGGGGUGCGCUGGUCUAUGGACGAGGCUCCCACAUCAGGAAGGAUGAUUGGGAUGUUGCAACGCUUGACUCUUCAGACUUCCCCGAAACAGCCAGAGACGAUGAUGACGAGGAAGGCAGUGCAGAGAUUGAGAAGGGGAAGCAUACCUUUUUGCAAAUGGUCGCUUUGACCGAGAUCAUCGCCGACAUAUUGGAUCAAUUCUACACCUUGAAGGCCGCUUCGAGAACUUUGACCAUUGCCGAAACUCUGGAAGUGGCCAAACCUCUCCAGCUUAGGCUGAAAAAUUGGUUCUCCAAUGUCCCCACCAGCCUGUCUAUUGAUGACACAGUCCCAAGAAAGCUCUCUUCUGUUGGCUAUCUUCAUUUGGCCUACUAUACCGCUGAGGUAACGUUGCAUCGAGCCAUUUUGAGACCUCACGACUUCAACAGCCCAAUGCAUGAGCUGUACAGCAUAACUCGUCGCUCUGCAACGGCGCGAUUCACGUCCGCGUUGGCGUUUGUGAAGCGCCUGAGAGCCGAACAUUUUCAGAGCUUCUGGUAUUUCUCUUCUACCUUAAGCUUGGCAAUCAUAGGCCUAUUUGCAGGCAUCCUAUGUGCGACCAUACCAGAGGAAGAGCGCGAUGAAAGGACAUCUUGUCUGUCGAGUCUAGCCGAGUACCGAUGGGUCUUGCGCAUUAGUGCGACGAGUGCCGACUUCUUGAAAAGUGCCGUGAGCAUGCUGGAUGGGCAGUCUCGCCUGAUAGAUGAUGAAUACGGUCCUGACCUAGGACGGUCGACAGGAGCUCCGGACAUGCAACCACUGCAGGAGCAUGCGAACGAUGAUGGAACUCAGAACGUUGAGCAUUAUGGUCAUGAACCACCUGCAGUCGACUUUUUCACUGCCGAUCCAUAUUACAGCAUUGAUUGGAGCAAUCUUGAUGGUCUGAAUGAAGACUAUUUGGCAAUGGGUUCCGAGAUUGAACCUCAUUGAAAAUGAUUGGAACACGCACUAUCAAAAAGUGCCAUGGGUGUGCCGUACUUGGGCAUAAAACAUAGUGGCCGCGGUUGAACUAGAGCUGC